ACCUUUGACAUUGGCCGUCACGUGACAAAAACACACAUUGAGAAAACUGGAUAUGGAGGGAAGCAAACGUACAAUAUCAACACGACGAAAAUGAGGAAGUAAAUAUUGAUUAAACCGAGAUAAGAUGGACGAUGGUGUAUGGAGACCAGCAAAUGACAAUUAUGGAGUCGCCAUCUGUAGCUUCAAAACUAAAAUCCAGAAGAGUCUGAGUCUGACUGUGGGAGAAACAGUCCAAAUUUUGGAGGAGUAUGGGGGACCCAAUGGCUGGUUUUAUGGAAAGUCCACAAGCAGAAAAACAGGAUGGGGAAUAUUUCCAAAGAGUUUUAUUCACAUCAAGGACUGCAUUGUAGAGGGGAAGGGAAGAUACCAGACAGUCAUUCCAAAUGAAGAUCACAUGGUCAGAGAGUUGACCUUUGGCCUCAGAGAAUGGUUUCAGUCUUGGAAGACCAAAUAUCUUAGUCAGGGAUGGAACCAGAUGUUGGAGGAUGUGGAGAGGACGAUGGCCGAGCUCGCGAUGUUACGAGGACGACUCAUCAAGGACACUCUAUCAGUGGAGCAGGCUUCCAAUCUCCGCGAGGAAAUCGCUACACUGGUGGACUGGGGCAACGGGCAGCUAGGUAUGGACCUUAUUCCACGUAAAAAUGGCAAGGAGAUGAAUCCUGACGAGUGUAGUGUGAUAGAGCUCCACAGAGUUCACUCCCAGGGGGUGGAGAAACUACGCACCAAAUCAACAAAGCGUACCAGAUUACCCACACAAUCAUGUUAUACAGAAUUGGGAAAUAUUUACAACCUCCUCGUACAUUUCCGUAGCAGUCAGUGUAAUAUAGGCGACGACUCUGUAGUUUAUUUAUCCUUAUUCAGUGCCAAAGAUGAUAAAUUUAUCAGUGAACAAUAUGAAAUUAAACUGAACAAGACGGGAUUUCCUUCAGACUUGGAGAAGUCAGACAACUUGAAUGCUCUUUUUACAGACUUAUCUCCAGAAGAUUUUAACAGAAAUUUAUUCCUUGUAGUUCGUAUAUACAGAUAUGGUCGUAUGUUACAAGACCAUAAGGAACACAAGAAGCCCCCGUCCUCCCCCUACAGAAGGCCUUUUGGGGUUGGAGUGUUCAGUGUACGAGAAAUCCAGGACCAGAUGGACUUGGUAGAUGACAAGUACGAGUGUAACAUAAAGGUUGUGAGCUGUGCUGAUGACUGCACAUUCUCGGAGUAUCACGAGACACUGAUAAAACGUUACAAUACUGCCCAGUUUGGGAGUUCCAGUCAACUUAAAGCCAGUGUGUCCAGUCCAGAGAAAACAAACUUAGGCCUCCAUUUGGCUGUGAAGAUUCUGACAGGGGACCUGAAGAAAUGUCAGACAGAACACCCCGUGCUGUUCAACAAAGGGCUGGCUGUCAUACAGAAAAUGGACUUCUCUGAUGUCAUUAAUCCAGGGGAGGUGCGUAAUGAUGUAUACCUAGAACUCCAUGAGGGAGAUUUUGACAGGGAUGGGAAGAAAGCUCAAAAGAAUGUAGAGGUCAAAAUCACAGUACUGGAUAAAGAAGGCCGACGCAUUCCUAAAUGUAUAAGUUAUGGUUGUGGAGAAAAUUUACAAGAUACAUUCCGCUCAGCUGUAUUGUACCACAGUAACGGACCAAAGUGGGGAGAAACUGUUAGGAUUUCUAUACCCAUGGAAAAAUUCCCAGGCUCUAGUGCUUUGUUUGAGAUCUCACACUGCUCAACCAAAUCCAGUAAAGCAGAGAAGAAGCUCUGUGGAUUUGCCUUCAUGAGAUUGACAGAUGAUGAAGAUAUUGUGAUCAAAGAUGCAUAUCAUACACUCUGUAUAUACAAGUGUGAAGACCCCAGUAAGAUUAAGUAUGAGAAGUACAAGACAAUGCCGUUCCUGGUGGACGAUUUUGGAGACCCCCGCCAGUCUGUGUUCAUUACGAAGUCCCUCCCAUACACCCGCAGUGCCAGGGAGACCAUCCAGGUGUCCACCAAACUGACAUCCACAAAAUUCACACAAACGUCUGAGCUACUUGGAGUUUUGAAAUGGAGAGACUGUAUGAGUGAUUUAGAAAGAAAUCUUGACAAACUGAUGAAUUUACAAGGAGGAGAAAUUAUGAAGUUUUUGUCAGACAUUCUUGAUGCUUUGUUUGAAAUGCUCCAAGCAGGCAGUCAGACCCAGUACUAUACCAAAGUGUUUCAUGCUUUAAUUUUCAUCCUGAACUUGCUGUUAGACAGCAGGUUUGAGAACUUUGUUCCAGUGUUAGACAGCUAUCUCAAAGAAACAUUCACAUCACCUCUAGUCCAUACCCAUUUGAUGUCCUUGUUCUCGGACGGCAUUCUGAGGGCAGUCAAGGGGGAGACCUUCCCAGUGGCCAUGUCACUCAAGGUCCUUGCCCCACUUGUGAGAUUUAUUGUGCGAUCUCGGGAACUUGAGACUCUAAAGUGUCAGAGUGUCAGUCAGUCAUUGAUGUACCUAUUUCUGGAUGAUGAAUCUCGCAGUGUUAUGCUGCCCUUAUGUUUGAGUCAUGUUAGGCAGUGUCUACAUCAGAAAAUGUUUCUACAGCUUGUGACGAGCACGAUCGGAGACAUACUGGACAAGUUGUUCACACUCAAACAGGAGAAGGAUAUGUCUGAUGACAUUGAAAUGUUUGCCAAAUACAUGUUUCCUGUGAUGGUGGAUACGACCUUGACCUUAAGUGAGAAGGUGGUUCCCCACUCCUUUUCUGUGACGCCCGCUAUAUCACCACAACAAGAAACGCAAGAUUUUGACUGUGAGGAUGAGGAGGUUCAGAAAAAAGGAAACAAACGCCAGGUCGACCGCGAUCGCCGCCGCACUCUGACGGGAAUUAACUUCUUUACCUCUAAACCAAGACCGCCCUCCAUCUCAAUGCAAACACCUACUCAUACAUUGAAAACUAUCGAUAGUACCCCAGUCAAAAAUUUGGAGGUGACCGAUAUCUUCAAGAAAAAAGUCCCCACAUUCUCCAUGGAAGACCUCGGGCUGAGUGGAGAAAUGAUCUCUUGUAUGGCUGAACUGUUGAGACUGAUGGACCACAGACAAUACAGUGUCAUCCUGAAACCAACAACGGUCCCACUCAGGGAGUUUUUGGGUAAAGUCCUGCUGACCUUCAGAGAGUUGAUCAAAGAGGACUUAUUCCCCCCGGGAUGGACAGUCAUGAGAAUGGUCAUCAAUAAUGCUCUAUUCACUGCGAUUGAAUACUUGUCUUCAUCGCUCAGUGAACACUUCCUGAAGAAAGAUCAAUUUGAUAUGCAGCUGUGGAGUCACUACUUUAAUCUGGCGGUAGCCUUCAUCACUCAGCCCAGUCUACAGCUGGAGCGGUACUCUGACGCCAAAAAACGCAAGAUUAUCGACCGGUACCAGGACAUGAGGAUCCUAAUGGGCCAACAGAUACAGAAUCUCUGGGAAAACCUAGGUGCCAACAGACGACAUUUUAUUCCCUCCUUGAUUGGUCCUUUCCUGAAGGUGACCUUGGUUCCGGAAGAAGAACUGAGGAAGGCCACCAUUCCAAUAUUCUUUGACAUGAUGGAAUCAGAGGUGAAAACCUGUGGAAAUUUCCAGCUGGUUGAAAAUGAGAUGAUAGAAAAAUUGGAUGAAUUUAUCACAACUGAGAACCUAGGAGACACAGAUUAUAUGGCUCUGUUCAGUACAAUAUUGUUGGAUAAAGUAGAGAAGGAACCAGAGCUGAAGGAGAAUGGCCGACAGUUUGUCCUGUCUGUCACCAACCUACUGGAGAGGCUGCUGGACUAUAGGCAAGUUUGUGGAGGGGAGGACUACAAGAGCAGUCACAUGAAAUGUACCUUCAAUAUACUGAAUUUUUACAAGGACAACACAAACAAAGAAGAGAUGUACAUUCGGUACAUUAAGAAGCUGUAUGACCUUCACCUUGCUGCUCAGAAUUACGUGGAGGCGGGGCUGACCCUGAAGUUGUACGCCCAACUGUUACAGUGGAGGGACACGAUGAGGAAGGAGGAGCUAGACUACCCCAACCAACCGGAGUGGGAGAGAAAGGAGAGGGUCUACCUCCAAAUCAUGGACUGCUUCGACAAGGGCAAGGUUUGGGAGUAUGGUAUUCCUUUGUGUAAAGAGUUGGCAGAGGUCUACGAGAAAAAGUUUGAUUACAGGAAGCUGAGUAAUGUUCUGGCAAGUACACUUCCAGGUCAAAGACAGGCAAGGUUUUUCAGUAACAUACUGGAUGGGGUCAAAGUUCAGGAGGAGGGGCAGGACCGACCUGUCUUCUACCCCCGACAAGAACCGACCUACUUCAGAGUGGCGUACUACGGACAACUCUUCCCACUCUUUGUCAGAAACAAAGUGUUUAUCUACAGAGGGGAUGAGUGUUUGAAACUACAGGACAUAAUAAAUCAGCUGAAACAAGAGUACCCCAUGGCUACCAUCCUACAGUUCACCAACACUAUAGACGAGGACAAGAAGCAGGGGGAAGCUCAAUACAUACAGAUUGGUAGUGUGAAGCCGCGGCCAGAAGACAAGCCAGAGUUUGUAUACAACACCAAUGUGGCUCCUGAGAUUAAGAAUUUCUACGCUGUUAAUGAUGUCAGUACAUUCCAGUUUGACAGAUCUUUCCACAGAGGAGAAAGGGAUCCAAAUAAUGAAUUUAAGACCCUGUGUACAGAGAGAAUGGUGAUGCACACAAACUACUGUUUCCCUGGGAUUUUACAGUGGUACGAAGUGAUUAGAACUGAACAUGUGACUCUUAGCCCCGUGUGUACUGCUAAUGAGGCUGUCAAAUCAGCCUGUAAAGAACUGCAGAAAGAGAUUGAUAAAACUAAAAAAGACUCCUCUAUUGAUGCUAUCAAAUCUCUCUCAAUGAAAUUAAAUGGAAUGAUUAGUGCUUCUGUUCAAGGUGGAAUUCCUAAAUAUCAGGAGGCUUUCUUUACACCGGAGUACGAGAGACUUCACCCUGAGGAGAGGGACAGGAUCCGCGAGUUGAAGGAGCUACUAAAUGAGCAGGUCAAACUGCUGGAUGCGGGUCUCCAUCUGAUGAAGACUAUGGACCGGGUCCACGGGACGGGACUGUCUGACAUGCUGAGGUCACUCAGCGAGAUCCUGAAGGAGAUCAAGGAGAGUCUGGGCAUGCAGUCAGCCUCCGUACACAGGACCUCAUCUCAUCUCUCUAUGACUUCCGUCAGGGAGUUUAAACCGCGACCGGACUCUGGAGUAGACAGUAUGCUGGUAGAGAUGAGGCCGGGAACCCCAGGAAGUGGGUCCCUCCACUCCUCUAGCAGUAAUCGAUCGUCAGGUUACUCGGCUGAUGCAGUGUCAGGAGAUCUGGUUGACCUGUCUGAACCAGAACCAGUUCCAGCACCUGAGAAUUUCACACUACUUGACCUCUCACAACUCAAGGGAGUGAACUCCAACAGCAAGCCAAAGAGGCCAUUGUCACUGAUACAUUCGUUCAGACCAGACAAGGCACAUAGAGAUCGCUCCAAAUCCGUCUGGUAUGGUUCAGGAUCUACAAACAGUUUGCUUCCUGAGAAAUCAAAGUUUGGCUCAGAUCCAGAUAUUGCACACCGUCCUUCUUAUAGAAAUCAAGAACAUGCCUUUCCAGUAAUCAGUAACAUCCCAGGUCUCCCAGUUAAACAUCAGCUCACAGAAGAAACCAUACCCGAGAAACCAGAACCCCCUCCAAAAAAGAAACAACCUAAACCAACACAGGAAUUGGUCGGCUCCAGUUUUAGUGCUUCCUCAACCCCCGUCCCCCCAUUACCCCCUCGUAAACCCUCCCUCAUACGACAGACUAAUGGACACCCUCGUGUCUCAGUGUUUGAGAAUGUGGGGUCCUCCAGAAGUGAGGACGCCCCUCCUCCUAUUCCUCAAAGGACCUCAGUACGUGUGCCAAAACCUAUUCCUCGCUCAACUGUUACACGGCAGGACGAAAACAGCCAUCUCUAGGGAUACAACACACUGUCUCCUGUACUUUCCCAGUACAUGAGAAUCCCUUCGGAGGAGAUCUCCCAGUGUCCUGCAGGGAUCACAGUUAUCCCUUGUGGCUGUUCGAGGACCAAUGAAACAAGUGCUAAUAUCUGGAGUCAAUUAUAACUAUGAUUGAUGUGCUAUUUGUUGAAUUCUGUAUUUUCCUUUUUUGUCAGCAUGAUCGGGAAUAAUAAGGGUGCCUAUUGUUAUUGAUCUGUACUGUGAAGUGAUUCUUAGUGUCUGUGGGAAGCUCCGCAUACUGAGAUUCCUGUAAAUGUGAAGUGAUUCUUGGUUUCCUGGGUAGCUCCACUGCCAGUAACUUGUUAUAGGUGGUCUCCCUUGGCAUAAGGCUGUGAUAUCUAGACACAAUACCUGUGUUUAAUACAUCAUUUCAUUUUCUUUAAAUUAAUUUUUGUAGGACAGCUAUUUCAGGAUCAUGUUUUAUUUUACAUGUCACCCGACAUCAGAGAAUGAUAUUUUGUUGUUUCUAUGUUAAUUUUUUUUUCAAGAAUUUUAUUUUUAUUAAUGUAUCAGGAUGAAUAAAUUUGUUUCAUUUGUAACUUUUACAUUUCACAUUACUCAGAACGUUUGUAUAUCAAAGGGUACAAUCCUUUCAGAAAGAAAUCUCAUCACAGAGCUCACGUUAUGUAACAUAUUCUUUACAUAGUCGUCUAUUUCUGUAGAGAAUAAUUUAUAACUUUCAUUUUACUCUUUUUAAUGUCUAGAGAAUAUGUCAGUAUUGACAUUGUUAUGUGCAUAAUUUAUGUAAAUAAACGUG